AUGGCAUCCGAAAACGCUCUGGACAACCCCGACUCCUACACAGUCGCCUGGAUCGCUGCUCUUCCCAUCGAGCGAGCCGCUGCAGAAGCGAUGCUCGAUGAGGAACAUGCAGCUCCAACUGGUUUCACUAGACACCAGACUGACACGAACGUUUAUACCUGGGGUCGCGUGGGAGAGCACAACAUCGUCAUUGCCUCUCUUGCCGCUGGAGACUAUGGAACUACAUCGGCUGCGACCACGGCCUCGAGCCUGCUUGCCUCUCUGCCAUCCAUCCGUGUUGGCCUUUUUGUCGGCAUAGGCGGCGGCAUCGCUCGACCGGACGAUGACCGCGAUAUCCGGCUUGGCGACAUCGUCGUGAGCCAGCCCGAUGGGACAUCGGGCGGCGUCUGCCAGUACGACUUAAUCAAAGCAAAGUCGGGUGACAAGCGUGAGCGCAAGGGCUUCCUCGGGCGGCCUCCGACGGUGCUCCUAAAUGCAAUUGUCAAAAUCCAGGGCGUUCACGAGCGGAAAGACUCCAAGGUUCCCAGCUUCAUCCAAGAGAUGCUGGAGAAGCACCCGAAGAUGGGCAAGAGAUCGAAAAAAAAUCCUGGCUAUGCUCACCAGGGCCUCAACAAUGACCGCCUAUUCAAAGCUUCAUGCGACCACGUCCCCGGGCUGGACUGCCGUGGUUGUGAUACGGCAGGCGAGGUUCAACGUGACCCUCGAGACGCUACUGAGCCCGAGAUCCACUACGGGAUCAUCGCAUCAGGCAACACGCUUGUCAAAGACGCCGCUGCGCGCGAUCGGAUUGUUGCUGACGUCGGUGAGGAUUGCAUCUGCUUUGAGAUGGAAGCGGCCGGCCUGAUGAACCACUUUCCCUGCCUUGUGAUCCGAGGGAUCUGCGACUACGCCGAUUCUCACAAGAACGAUCGAUGGCAAAGAUACGCCUCAGCUACUGCCGCUGCGUAUGCCAAGGAGCUCCUGGCGUACGUGCCGGCCACUGGCUCUGGAGAAGGUUUCAAAGUCAAGUUGUUGUCAUUGUUUCCCGUUUUGCUCACUGACUUCAUGCAGCCGUUGAUGUUCUCUGUUACACUGGCUGAAAACCUACGCCAAGAACCACGUGGCAGCCCACGCAGCAGCCGCCCAACCUCUGACCGUGACACCAAAUAUCCAGCCCCAUAA